AUGUUAAAAUAUAAGUUUAAAUCAAAUACUAUUCAUAGUAACACAAGUUUAAAUAUUUUAAGAUCAUUUAUAUCAACUAAAUCUUUUAAUAAUAAUAAUAAUAAUAAUAGUAAUAAUAGUAAUAAUACCAGUAAUAAUAGUAGUUUUGUAAAUAGACACCAAAAAUUCAAGGGAAAAGAAGAAGUUAAUUUAUUAAAUGUUAUAAAAUUACCAAAAAACAAACCAAAUAAAAAUGAAAUUUUACCAAUUUUAGAGAAAAAAGAGAAACCAGGCAAGCAAGAAAUUAAAAAAGAAGCUCAGCUUAAAAAGAAAUUAGGUUCACUAGAAAAUGAAAAGAAGAAAGUAUUAUCACAAAUUAAAGAGUUUGAUGAGACACCAGAUGCAUUGAAAAUGUUAUUUGAAAGUGGUAUCAAAAAAAGGCUUCAAAAGAAACUUAAAGAAAUUGAAAAUGAAGAAAUAGAAAUUAAAAAAGGUUUACAAGAAAACAUCAAACAUGAUGUCGAAGAAAAUCAAGUAAAAAAAGAAAGUAUGUCAAUGAAAGAUUUAGAUACAAUGAAGUUAUUGUUUGGUACAGAUUUUGAAGGUGAAGCAGAAAAUAAACCAAAGACUGAAAUAGAUACCGUUGUUGAAUUUAUGUAUCAAGAUAGAUUUUAUAUUGGUGUAGUCAAAAAUAUUUUAUCUUCUGGCAAACUUCAAGUGGAAAGAUUGGUUACAAAGACUAGUGGAAAAUAUAGUACUGAUACUGUUUCAAUCAAUAGAUCAGAUGUUUCAUUUUACUGGAAGGAUUUAUUUGGUGCAAUGAAUAUAAAUGAGUUAAUAGAGAUGGAUUCAAGUUACCAAAGUUUUAAAUUCCAAACCAAUAUUGUUAAUGAUACCAAGUUAGCAUUAUUCAAAAAUGAAUACAAGUUUACCACCGAUCAAGUUGCCAAAGUUCUUUACAAUGUUCGUGAACCAACCAAAAAACAACUCUACAGCACAUUCAAGUAUCUUUCAACAAGUGACACUAUAACCAAACCAGAAGAUGAUAGAUUAGGAUAUGAAUUUGUAAAACCUAUUGACAACAAAGAGAGGUUGGAUCAAUUUAUAAAAAAGAUAAAAUCAAUUUUAAAUCGUAUUAAAGAAGAAAGUUUUGAAAAAAGUAAUAUAAUACAUCAAUUUGACCAUAACGAUACUUAUUAUUUAAAUAUUAUCAAACUGCUCUCAAUAUCGCCUAGAAGAAAUUUUGUGCCAGAUUCAUCAUACAGAGUUAUACUUAAGGAAUUGGGUUAUGAAAAUAGUUCAGAAAGUGCUAAAAAGUUAUUAGAGGACAUUGGUUUUGUAUCAAAGGUGCCAGAAGAUGUAUCAUUUUAUAAUAAAAAUUUAGGUUUAUGGAGCAAGGAAAUUUAUGAAUAUUCUAAAAUCAUUGAAACCCAACCAAAUUUAAUUACAGAUUUGCUCAGUUCAAUAAGAAUCAAUUUCGAUAAACCAGUUAUUUCAAUUGAUCCAAGUUCAACAUUAGGUAUUGAUGAUGCAAUUAGUAUUGACUGCGAAAGUUCAGAUAGAUUCAAUACAGUUUAUAUUCACAUUUCAGAUUUUAUUCGUUGGAUGCCAGAUGGUACUGAUAAUAUAUUAUACAAGAGUGCUUUGCUCAACUUAAAGACAUUUUACCCACCCAAUGGUGCAUAUCACAUGUUUCCACCCUCACUUGUAAAGAUAUUAUCACUCUCAAAUGCAACUCAAGAUAACCCAACAUAUGCAAUUACAAUGGAAAUUAAUUUCGACAAAUCUACAAGCCAAAUUGAAAGCUAUAAAAUAUAUCCAACCAGCUUAACAUCAGUUAUACCAUUAUCUCAAAGCAUUGUAACUAAACGUCUUGAAUCUAUUAUUCAAAACCCAAAGAAUGCUAACGAGGAGGAGUUUAGUUUAGGUGAAAGAAUAUUGUAUACAUUAUAUAAAUUUACAAGAAAAAGACAAGCAUACAGAGAAUCAAACAAGACAUCAUUGGAAAGCUAUGGUAGAGUAAACCAAUAUAAAAAAGAGAUUAGAAUCAAACAAAGCCAUAGUGGUGAAGAAAACAACAAUUACGAUGUUCCACUUUCAACUUUAUCACAAAAGAGACCACAUCAAAGUUUAGCUCACGAGAUUGUAGAUGAAAUUCUUUCAUCAGUUGAUGAUAUCUUUACAGAAAUUUUCCAAUCUAAAGGUAUCUAUGGUUUUUAUAAAUAUUUUGGUCAACCCAACUACAAACGUAUUUCACCAAAGAGCAGCUUCUUGACCAUAACUUCACCAAUUAGAAACUUUACUCAUCUUUUCACACAGUACCAGUUAAAGAGUUUAUUACUAAAUCCAAAUGCAAACACCAAAGAUCCAAAAUUAUUCUUUGAUUCAGAUUACACCACUUCAGUUGGAGAUCAAGUUAUUAAAACCAUUGGAUUAAAGAAAAAAUAUCAAAUCAAUAUAGUUAACUUUGUAUUGUUAAAAGCAAUUGAAAGUGAAAUCGAAAAACAAAAAAUGCAAAAUAUACAGAAUCCAGAUUUUAAAGCAGUUUUGGAAGGUUCAAUUCUUUCAGUUAACCCAUCCAAGUAUCACUUUGUAAUUUUCCUUCAUAAAUUCCAAUAUUCAGCCAAUUGCACAUUCAGCAUUCCUCAAAAUCAAAAGAGUACACCAUUUAGAGUUAACGAUCGUGUAAAAGUCACUGUAGAAUCAAUAGAUUUAAAUAACCUAUCAUUAAAAUUAAAUUUUGACAAAUUUAUAGAUAGAAGUCUUAAUAAACUAUAUAAUUAUUAA